AUGGCUUCUCAGGUCCCUCACGUUCCGCCUCGUGCUGCUACUGUCCUCUCGGCGACAGAGCUCAUUGGAAAUACUCCCCUCGUCAGACUUAACAAGAUCCCCCAGUCGCUGGGCAUUGAGUGCGAUGUCUACGUCAAGCCAGAGCUGUUCAGCGCUGGAGGCAGCGUUAAGGAUAGAAUUGCUCUGCGCAUGAUUGAAGAGGCAGAGAAGAGCGGAAGAAUUAAGCCUGGCGACACUCUUAUCGAGCCUACCAGUGGAAACACUGGUAUCGGUCUGGCUCUCGUCGGAGCUAUCAAGGGCUACAAGACCAUCAUCACCCUCCCCGAGAAGAUGUCCGCCGAAAAGGUCUCCGUCCUCCGUGCCCUCGGCGCAACCAUCAUCCGUACUCCUACACAAGCUGCUUGGGAUGCCCCCGAGUCUCACAUUGGUGUUGCCCGCCGUCUCGAGAAGGAGCUCCCCAACGCCCAUAUUCUCGACCAGUACAGUAACGAGAACAACCCUCUCGCCCACGAGUACGGCACCGCUGAGGAGAUCUGGGAGCAGACUGCCGGCAAGAUCAACGCUAUUGUUGCUGGUGCCGGUACUGGUGGUACCAUCACUGGUCUCGCUCGUGGUCUGAAGAAGCAUAACAAGGACAUCAAGGUCAUUGCUGCGGAUCCUCACGGCAGUAUCCUUGCUCUGCCUGAGCUUCUGAACGAGGAGCAUGCCAAUGAGUCUUAUAAGGUGGAGGGUAUCGGAUAUGAUUUCAUUCCCGAUGUGCUUGAUCAGCAGAUCGUUGAUAAGUGGUACAAGACCGAUGACCGACAGUCUUUCCACCUUGCACGACGACUUAUCGCCGAGGAGGGUAUUCUCGUCGGUGGCAGCUCUGGUUCUGCCAUGGCUGCUAUGCUCCUCGCCGUCAAGGAGUACAACUUUAAGAAGGGAGAUGUCGUAGUUGUUGUCCUGCCCGACAGCAUCCGAAGCUACCUCUCCAAGUUCGCUGAUGACGACUGGCUCGCCGCCAACGACCUCCUCCCCGUCAACGGUGUUGAAUCCACUGUCAACGGCAACAGCCAGAAGAAGACCUCCGACCCUUACGAGGGUGCCACCAUUGCCUCUCUGCGCCUCAAGCCCGUCACAUCCGUCGGUGCCAACUCCUCCUGCUCCGAGGCCAUCGAGACCAUGCGCGACAAGGGCUUCGAUCAACUCCCCGUCCUCUCCGCCAAUGGCCACAAGCUCGUCGGUCUCGUAACACUCGGUAACCUACUAAGCUACAUCUCCCGCGGCCGCGCCACCGCCCAGAGCCCCGUAUCAGACGUCAUGUUUGACUUUGCGCGCCUCGACGAGAUCGUCACUGAUCCUCGCGAAUUCGCUUCCCCCAUCAACCCCGGCAAGCGUAGACAAUUCGUCGAGAUCACAAAAGAUACACCCCUUACUACACUUAGCAAGUUCUUUGAGUGGAACAGUGCAGCAGUCGUCACCGAGAAGACUGACGACUCCAAGUCUCUAUCCAAGCCUAUUGCUAUUGUUACAAAGGUUGAUCUCCUUACAUGGAUGAUCAACAAGAAGUUGUAG